UACCUGACCUGAUGGGCGAGAAAUUAAACACCCCUUGUUUAUCCCUCUGGAAAUAUUUUGUAAGAAUUGCUCUCCCCAUCACCGUUUGGUAAUCUGUGAUGAGCAUAUUUUUGGCUUCAAUUCAGCUGCAAGGAUAGUCAGAGGUGCGACCAGGCAACAAGGCCUCGACGGUAUGUUGACUGUUGACAACUGCCAGUGUUGUCAAAAUUAGUAAAUAAUUGCAAAUAUUUAUUGUUUUAUCAAUGUUCGCUUAAAAGGCGCUGUAAAUAUGGUUGUUGUAAUUACACAAAGUGCAACGACCGCCUACAGGGCUGCAACGUAACCGAAUCGAUUCGCCACAGUGUUUUUUGCCAAGUGAAACUUUCCUGCUCUCAUCAGCAUUUACCAGUUGGUGUUUCAACCUUGUCACAGCUUGUCUGCUCUGGGCGAUGGCCAACAAGUGCAAAGAAUGCGGCUGUUCCUGUAGAAAGUGCCUGGCAAGCGACCAUGACGUUCAGCUGCAUGUGGAAAUUGAGAACCUCAAGCAGAGGCUGGUGGAGAAGGAGAACCACAUUGUUAUGAUGGAGACCAACUUCCUCAAUGAAGCCAACAAGUUCCCCAAUGGGGAGCUGAUGGCUGUCAAAGAGGAACUGCUGACCUGGCAGGACAAAUACAAGAGCGAUUGCAGACUGUACGACGCCCACAGAAGAGUCCAAAGAGUGAAUCAGGGGUUGGAAGAUAAGCUGCUGAAGCUGGUGGAUGUGUGCGAAACUGAUAAGACCACCUUGACUAGGGACGUGGCGACUUUGUCCCAUAGUCUGGCUGAAGCAAACUACGCCAUCAAAAAGCUAACGGGCGACAAUGAAAGAUACAAAAACGACGUCAGUCUAGCUAUUCAAUUCCUGCAGUGCAAGCAAACCAACUUCGUUGCCCAUCGCUUCGAUUCGCUUCCUUCAGAGGUGCAGACUCAGGUGGCUGUUUAUAUGAACAACAAACGAAAGCCCCUGGAGGAGAAACGCGCCCCACUGGAGCCCAAGAGCAUUAAGGUGCCCAUUCCCACAUUCCCGCCUACUGCCAUGGUUUAUUCGGUGCCUAAAUCGCCCAAAUUGGCCGAACAGCCGCUUGUUGAAGACCAACCGUCCCAACAAGUUGAUAUCGUUUCUGCCGCAAUAAUGGCCAAAGUGCUGGAGGAACGACAGAAGGAGAAAGCCCUGGCCAAACAUUGCGACACUUGCACAUGUGCCAAAAGCCUGAAAAUCAUCUACGAAGUAUCGCAUCAUCACAUCGGCACCCAAACGGGUCCAGAAUGCCGUGAAAAUGUGGUUCUGCCCCAAGCCCACUCAACUGGUUUGUCGAUUUUAAAAACAGUGGUCGAAAAGUCCAAGCGCUCCUCGCCCUAUCCGAAUCUCGUGGCGCCGCUGCCAUUGGAGGCGGGCCCAAACCCGCAGAAUGUCGUCAAAGUGCAACCAAAUAAUUUUCUGAUUGAGACAACGCACACUGUGGCGGUUCAAAAACCUGAGGAUGAUGCACAAGGAUUGCCCGAUUUGAUCGAGUUUGAGGACGUCGGAGGGUUGAGGGUGCUGGAAGUCCCCCACCUGAAUGAGGAGGAGGAGGAGGAGGAGAAGCGCGCUAUUGACAAGAGCAGUCUAGUGGGAGCUUCGGAAGUCCUAAGGGGCCCCCGGUACGCCUCAAUGCUUGUGCAAAGCGGUUCCAAGAACAUUUUGCUUGAUAACGCCCAUAAUAGCAUCGCCCCCGUUUUGUAUACGAGAAGUGUAGGCAAAGUGAAGCAACCUUCUUCGCAGAAUAUCCAGAAUUCAUCCCAAAAGCCCGACUCCUGCUCCGUGUCCAGUCACGGCAGCAAACACAUGAGUGUCGUCAGCGAAAAUUCCACGCAACAUCAACAGCGAAUCAGUGACUGGGUGCAGAUUACUGUCGAACAGGAGAUCAGCAGCCCGGAUAAUUCCCGCACGGAAGAAUUGAAGAUCGACCCGAAAAAGGAGCAGGAAAUCAAGCAGGACAAGGCGCGCUAUGCGGAAAUGGAAGAAAACGUCAAGCGGUUUCUCUUUGGAGAAAGCGACUUUUGGAAAACCGUGGAAAUCGGCAAGCUCAAGUACAAGAGUUACCAAGAGGGCGACAGAGCCCAGAAACCUCCCAGUGAGGGCAGCCGAACGAGCUCUCAUAUGGAAACGGAGAUCUAGACUAUCCACUCAAUCCUUAAAUUUCAAAACUGUGAUUCUAAAUCUAUAAACCAAAGUAUUAGCAGAAUAUUUUAGAUAAGUAUAUUUCCUAUUUACGAGUAUAGUCUCUAUAUCUUCCAGAUUACUGUUAAUAAACCUUCGGGUAGAAGCCUUAAAGUAUUGAGAUUGGUUUUAUAAGGGAAAGUGCGUGAACAAGGCCAUAGUAUUAAGCUUAUUGUGCGUGAUUUAACAUUUUCAUUUCCAGCUAAAACUGUAUAAUAUACGUGUUUACAAUGCUUAUUUACAUGAUUUAGUCGUGGGUGUAUGCCCGCGUGACAUUUAGCUGAGAUGGGAGCAAAUUUGCGCAAACAUAGUUAAAAUAAACUGAUUAGAGUAGAGCAGUCCUGUGUGUGUCUUAACUUAUCUUUUAUCUAAAAAUCUUGCAGAAUUACAAGUUAUUAUUGCAUUUUA